AUGACGGGCUUUAGUAAUAAGGCCAUUGUAAUUGAUGGCCGUGGCCACUUGCUCGGCCGAUUGGCCGCAGUCAUCGCUAAAGUCCUUUUGGAAGGAAACAAAGUAGUGGUUGUUCGUUGUGAACAGCUAAAUAUCUCUGGCAAUUUCUUCAGGAACAAAUUGAAGUUUAUGUCAUUCCUGCGGAAGAGGUGCAACGUUAACCCAGCCCGUGGACCUUUCCACUUCAGAGCACCUUCUAAGAUCCUAUGGAAAACUGUCAGAGGAAUGAUUCCACACAAGACUGAACGUGGAAAGGAUGCACUCAGGAGGCUCCGUGCAUAUGAUGGUUGCCCACCACCAUAUGACAACCGUCGUCGUGUGGUUGUCCCUGCUGCCCUCCGCGUCUUCUGCUUGAAACCUGGUCGUAAGUACUGUCAUGUGGGUCGCCUGUCGCAUGAAGUUGGAUGGAAGUAUAGAGAGGUUGUCCGCAAACUUGAAGACAAGAGGAAGACAAAGGCUGUUAAACGAGUAGCAUACGAAAGGAAACUUAAGAAAAUCACUAAGACCGCCGGAGAAAAGGUGACAAAAGCUACAGCACCUUUCACAUCAGUUAUCCAAUCAUAUGGAUACAACUAA